AUGUUAAGUGGCUUUCUUAAGCGAUCAAAAUGGUUGCAUUGGAAUUUAUUUCUCAACUGGAAAAACUUCACUUUGUCGAUUCUGUCGGGAGCAUAUAUUAAUGCAUUUUGUUGGAUUAAUGGAACAACACCAAUUAGUGUUGAUACAGACCAGUUGGAUAAUCAGAAAUAUUGGAAUAGUUUAGAAGACAAGAAAAUCAAUUACUAUCAAUGGGUAUCAUUGGUUUUAGCAUUGCAAGCAAUUCUUUGCUAUUUACCUCGCCUUAUUUGGGAAGCAAUCACUUUUAAUCGUGUUGGAACUAAUUUAGGAUUCCUGGUUGAAUCAGCUCAAGCAGCUUCAAAGGAGACUGGAAAGGAAAGAUCUAAUCGUGUUCAAUUUAUAGCAAAUGUGAUGGAUACAUUGUUAUUCGCUCGUCGUGACUUACGUAAAUCAAAUAAUGUUAAAGUUGAAAAAUUCACAACAAAAUUAUUGCAUACUGUUCAAGGUUUGUUUCCUCGAAAAAGAUUAGGCACUGCCUUAGUUACUUAUUACAUGAUAAUCAAGCUGUUGUAUCUCUUUAAUUCAGUUGGUCAGCUUUUACUAAUGGAACGGUUUCUGGGUAUUAAUGGAGAAUAUCGGCUGUUUGGUAUAUCGAUUUUAAAUGAUUUGAUCAUGGGUAGGCAUUGGAAUGAAACCAGUGUUUUUCCUCGUGUUGGUUUUUGUCGUGUGCCAAUCAAAUUAACAAGCACUCCUAUACCAAUGGUUACUGUACAGUGUACACUCCCAGUUAAUAUGCUAAAUGAGAAAAUCUAUGUGUUUUUAUGGUUUUGGUUUGUAUUUGUUGCUUCAUUGGAGGUAGCAAGUGUUGGUGUUUGGAUUUAUCGUCUAGCCGCACGACAAUCACGACUGAGACUUUUGAUUCGAUAUUUAAAGAUUGCAGAUGUGUAUGAAGAAUCAAUGGAUCCAUUACUUGCUAGAUUUGAGAUGACUUUCCUUCGAUUGGAUGGUAGUUUUCUAUUACAAAUGAUGCGUCUAAAUGCUGGAAGUUUAAUUACACAGGAGAUUGUACAAGCGAUGUUGAAGCGUUAUACAGAACAAGAACAGUAUGCAAUGAAAAAACAAGCUGAACAACAAUCAUCUGUUCCAAAAGUACUAGAUGUAGAAAAAUCUGGCCUACUACAUCCUGAUUCUCCAGAUUACACUGUCACUAAGCGUUUAGAUGCUGUGUAA